AUGGCGAGCCUCUUACUCCGUCUCUUCCACUCGGACUACUUCUCACCUCAUCUCGCCCUCUCCUAUCUCCGCACCUACUCGGACAACAUUGGCAUCACAUACUACCUCGUCAGCCAGCUCGAGUCUGCCUUCCCUUCGCACCAGGUCGAAUUCUACUGGCCGCAGCUCUGUCAUCUGCUCAUCACAAAGCCAUCCGAGUCAAGAGCGUUAGAAUGCUUCAUCCUACGACGAUGCAACCAGUCCGUCCACGUCGCCCUUCUCACCCUUUGGUACUUCCAGGCAGCGCUCUCAGAUCUCUCGUCUAACCCACACACCGCCUCCUUCCACAUCUGCCACCGUGUCUUCAACCAGUGCCAGCGCAUCCUCUUCGAAGAUCCUCUCUCUUGUACAAACUCCGUCUAUGCGCUCGGUGCAGCUGCAGCCGCCCACAAUGCUGCCGGACCUUCCAACUCCCACUUUCUUCAUUCGGGCCUUCAGGGCUUGUUGGCCGCUGCCACCAGCUUUGGCCGCCAGAAGGUCUCACCGCACUCUCCGCUCAGCAACAUUGUCGGCAUCGGCUCCGUGAUGGCCAGUGUGCCAGGUAUGCCUAAACUCGCCUCCAUCACGGGUAGCAUUGCAAUUGAACAGGCACGUCAACCUGCUGGCGCAAUGCAGGAUGCGCUUGCCAUUCGUGGCGCUGCAGCUGACAACGACGACGACGACGACGACGACAUCGUUCAAGACGAUGCAGAGCACUAUGGAGAGAGUCAUGACCGAGCAGAGGAAGAUGAGGUAGAUAGCUCCGAUAACGACUCGCUGAACGAGAAGACCUCGCGCAACAGACAGGAAGCAGCAACAGCAACCUCAACCAAAGCGCAAGAUGCUCAGCCAAGUCAAUCUAGUUUAUCUUCGCUCGCUGGGUCUUUAGUCAAGAUGGCUUCUUCCGUCUCAAUGUCCCGCGCAGAGACGGCUCCAAUUCCACCACCCAAGGACAAUCCGGUGUCGCCAGCUCAGAGAGGUGCUAUUGUUCCAGCAUCCACAUCCGACAGGGAGAUCACCUCAGGUGGUUCGCUACCUGCAGCUGACACGCCAAAGAAAAUCGAGAACCCUUUCGCAACCUUCGCCGCAGGAUUCAAUGCCGGCUUCAACGACUUCAGGGGCAAAGCAGCUGCUGCUGUCGGCGAAGUAUUCGGACAAGCGCAGGAAACAAUCGCCAACACCAGCUCGUCAGCGUCUUCUACUGCAGCGAAGAACAAGUCAAAUGCAGCCAUUUCGCCUCCACCCUGGUCUCCGCAGAAGCCCCGCCAGCUCAAUUCGUUCCGUCAGCAAGCCGCCACUUCACGCUCCGUUCCCAACUUGGUCUUGACACGUGGCAGCAUCUCUUCUGCUUUCGCUUCGUCAGCCACACUUGACCAGUCAGCAGCCAAGACCGAGGCAAUCCUGACGCUGUACAAUCCCGAAGCUCGACGCAGCCUUCUUCGCUCCAACUACUGCAAGGUGCAGACGCAGUUCUUGCUAUCUUUGCAGGAUAUCUCGGCUCGCUUGCUUCUGCUUCCCAAACCAGCCAGACUUUCGGCACUUCGAGCCGAGCUGACUGCACUCAACCACAAGCUCCCUUCCGACGUCUGCUUCCCGCUCUGGUGCACCGCCGACGACAAGGAUGUUGUAUCUUCUUCAGCCCAAAAGCAGUCGGAUGGCAAGGCCCAACCUCGUCGUCACCAUCGUGUCAUCCGCAUCAACCCAAGCGAAGCCGUCGUGCUCAACUCAGCAGAUCGCGUACCCUUCUUGCUUCAUGUCGAAGUGCUCAACAACGAUCUCGACUUUGAUCCCGAUCGCAGACAGAACCGCGAGACAUUGCGCCGUCUCGUCACGGAGGAAGAUGUCCGUCGACGCAAGGUCGCUGCCUCGUCAGGGCGAUCUUCCUUUGUGCAAUCAGCUCAAGAGCAUGCAAGGACCGACUCCGAGCACGACACAGAGACGCGUACCGGUACACUCGACGCAGCUGCUGCCCAGCAAGCACAUGUUUUGGCUUCGGAUGACGAUCCAAACGCACUGACCAGGACCAGCACACCAAAGCCAAUAUCGCAGCCACUCACGCCCACUGUGGAGCAGGGAGAUGGCAUCGGUGAAGCUGUGCCAAAAUUUGUUGCAAAAGACGUCAACGACAAGGACCUUGCCCAGGCGGGGGAGGAAGAGAUCGAUCUCACAGAGCAAAUGUACGGAUCGGAUCUGGCUGGAUUUGGUGGCGAGCGCGUUUCGUCUUCUUCAGAUGACGAAGAGGAGGACCUUGCCUCACGCAAUCGCAUGCACGAUGCGGCCGCAUGGACUUCUGCUCCUGUUGGCUCUGGUUCUGCUUCCCGCAGCUCCGCAGGCAAGGGAAUCAAUGGCGAUACCGACCAGCUCGCAGCAGGCCAUCGUCCUAUGAAGGAGUUCUCUCUCGACGAGUACGCCCAACGCAUGCGCACGGCAGCUAUCAUGCUCUCUCAGCUCAACAAGUCCACUAACGCCUCCAAAGCACAGGCCAUCGUCAACUAUGGCCCCAACCUCAGCUCAAACGCUCAAGGCGGCUGGAGUUCGUGGAUUGUCCCCACCAAUUGGUACGGCUCGUCGAAUUCCGCUGCACCUGCGAAUGGCACAGGUGGAGGAGCUGGCGACAAGUCCGAGGUCGGCCAAGGAUCUGCUGGUGUCACAACACAUGUACGAACCAGUAUUGACCCAAGACGAGCGGUGGCAGGCAUGCCGAUGGGCGGUGGUGGCGGAGCCGGUCAGAGCUCACGGCUCGUGCACGCAGAGACCGAAGCCAUCCGCAAGAGGAUCAUGGAAGAGAUGAUGGCGCUGGAGGAAGAGCGUAUGCGUCGUAUGAAGACUGGUGGACGCAACGUUACCGCUUCCCGCCAACGCGCUCGUUCCAAACAGGGUCAGAUGCCCGAAGACGAAGAAGAAGCCGUCCUUCGCGCUGUCAACAAAGACGACCCAUCAGCUGCCAUGUUUAGUGAGUCCUGGGCUGCCAAGAAGCAACGCAUCCGUGCUUCCUCCCCCUACGGCCAUCUUUCCAACUGGGACGUAUUUUCUGUCAUCGUCAAGACCGGAGCUGAUCUUCGACAGGAACAACUCGCAGUACAGCUCAUCAACGAGUUCGGCCGUAUCUGGAAGGAGACUGACAACAGGUGCUGGGUUCGAUACUUCCGCAUCCUUGUCACUUCCGAGAACAGUGGCUUAAUGGAGACCAUCACCGAUGCUGUUUCUGUGCAUUCGAUCAAAAAGGAAGCCUACUCGCGUAUGUCGGAAGAAGACAAGUCUGCAGGCUAUACACUGUAUGACUACUUCCUGUCCGCUCAUGGGCCUUCUACUUGCGCAUCCUUUAACCGCGCUCGGGAGAGAUUCAUGGAGUCAUUAGCAGGGUAUAGUAUCAUCAGCUACCUGCUUCAGAUCAAAGACCGACACAACGGAAACAUUCUCGUUGACGGAGAUGGUCGCUUGAUUCAUAUCGAUUUUGGUUUCAUGCUCGGCAUCAGCCCCGGAGGAGUUGGGUUUGAAGCUGCACCGUUCAAAAUGCCUCAAGAGUAUAUUGAUAUCCUCGGCGGACUCGAGAGUGCUAAGUUCGAAGAGUUCAAAGUGUUGAUGCGCCAAGGUUUCAGGGAUGUUAGGAAGCAUGCGGAGAGGAUCAUUAUGCUGGUUGAGCUGAUGGCGAAGGAUUCGAAGCUGCCUUGUUUCGCGUUGGGUGAUUUGACAGCGACGAACCUGAGGGAUCGGUUCCAGUUGGCGUUGAGUCAGACGCAGUGCGACGAGUUCGUGGAUAAGUUGAUCUUGUCCAGUGCUGGAAGCGCUUUUACGAGAUUGUACGAUAUGUAUCAGAGAUUGACCGAGGGCGUGCUCUAA